AUGGGCUGUCUGAGGCAACACCCAGAGCAACGCUCGAGAAUUCUCGGUGAGACGGCGGAGGUUAGGAGACAGGAAGAAACCCACAGUUCUCAAGACCUUCAUGUGAGCGGUGAGCAGCAGACAGCCAAUCCAAGCUCUGAUCCAGAUCCAGCGACGAGCCAACAAGCUGUUAGGAGAAACGAGGAAUUGACAGAAACCGCUGAAAAGGAGAGACCGCACGAUAGUCAGGGAGAAGCUGGAGACCAAGAAGUGCUACCGGAAGGCAAUAGGCUUGCAGAACCUAGGAAAAGCCAAGUCAAAUGGCCCCCAAGCAAUGCAGAGAAAGAAUGGCAACAGCUAGACGAAGACCUAGAAGGGAUAUUAGAAAGCGUGCUGGCAGGAGCAGCAGAAAGGAAGAUAGAGGCAAUGAUGGAAAUUGUGUACAGUGUUGGAGUUGAGAGGUUUGGAGAGAAGCCUGUAGGGAAAAGCAGACGACAAGCUGGGCACCCAAAUCGGAGAGAAAGAGAAAGGAAGCAGAUAAGGAAAGAGCUAAAAGUGCUAAGAAAGAGAUGGCUGAAAGCAACUGAGAUGGAAAAAGAAGCCCUUGAAGUGCUGAGAAAAGAGUUGAGAUCAAGACUGUGCACUCUAGGUAGAGCAGAAAGAGCUAGGAGGAAGAGGAAAGACAGAGAAAGGAGGAGGGCAGAAUUCGUGGCAAACCCCUUCAAGUUCACUAAGCAGAUGUUGGGUGCAAAAACCAGCGGAAACCUUACGGCCAGUGUGGAGGAGGUAGAGAUUCAUCUGAGAGCAACACAUGGGGACCAGCACCGUGACAGUCCCAUAGAAGACAUAGAAGGAAUGGAAGAACCAGCUCCAGUGUACCCGAUGGAUUGUAGUGAAAUAAAGCUGUCUGAGGUAAAGGAGGUCGUACAGAAGGCAAGAGCGGGAUCAGCACCCGGCCCUAGCGGAAUAACUUACAAAGUCUACAAGAAGUGCCCCAAAUUAGUGAGGAGACUCUGGAAGCUACUUAAGGUACUCUGGCGGAAAGAGAAAAUACCCGAAUCCUGGAAGAAAGCUGAGGGGGUGUUUUGCCCCAAACAAGAGAACUCGCUGAAGAUCGACCAGUUCAGAACAAUCUCCCUGUUAUCAGUGGAGUGCAAGAUUUAUUUUGCGAUCUUGGCUAAGAGACUCUUGCACUUUAUGCUGAGGAACAACUAUAUAGACACAUCGGUACAGAAAGGAGGGGUACCAGGGUUUUCUGGCUGCCUCGAGCAUACCAGUAUUCUGACACAACUGAUCCAAGAAGCAAAAACAGAGAAGAAAGACCUCUCAGUAGUCUGGUUGGACUUAGAAAAUGCAUACGGCUCAGUUCCUCACCAAUUGAUCAAGAUGGCCCUAAACAAAUGUCAUGUUCCACAGCAGGCAUGUAGAGUGAUAAGCCAGUACCUGGACGGUCUACAGAUAAGAUUCACAGUCAAUGGGAACACUACAGCUUGGCAGAGCCUACAGAGGGGGAUUAUAACCGGAUGCACAAUCUCAGUGAUACUCUUCGUAGCAGCGAUGAACCUUGUCAUGAAGCCAGCUAUGCGUCAGAGUAGAGGCCCAAAAACAAGUUCGGGAGUCAGACAGCCUCCGUUAAAGGCUUUUAUGGACGACCUUACAAUCACAACUGAGAGUGUGCUGAGUUCUAGGUGGAUGCUCAAGAGUUUGGAGGAGGCCGCAACCUGGGCAAGAAUGAAGUUUAAAGCAAGAAAGUGUAGAAGAUUGGUACUGAGGAAGGGAAGAUUGACUAAUACGAUCCAGUUGGAAAUUCAAGGAGAAAGAAUACCUUCAGUAACCGAACAACCGAUAAAAAGCCUUGGUAAGAAGUUUGACAAAUCACUAGGAGACCAGAACAACAUAAAGGAAUUCAGACAGCAAGUUAACCAAGGGCUGAAGGCAAUAGAAGAAAGCAAACUACCAGGGAAAUUCAAGGUCUGGUGUUACCAGUACGGUCUGCUGCCCAGAAUAACAUGGCCAAUGACAAUGUAUGAUAUGUCCCUUACCACAGUGGAAGAAGUCGAGAGGAAGAUUAGCAGACAUCUCCGGAAGUGGCUGGGGCUCCCAUGCUUUACCAGACUAGGCCUAUACAGCAGAACGGCGAGACUGCAGUUACCGUUCACCUCAGUAGUGGAAGAGUUUAAGGUGUGCAAGACAAGGGCCCUGAUGACCUUGGAGGGGAGUAAGGAUGAAAAGGUCAGUCAGGCAGGCGUGGAACUGAGGUCAGGACGGAAGUGGUCUGUGGCAAAGGCAGUACAAGAGGCCAAGAGUAGUCUUAGACAUCGCGACAUAGUGGGAGUGGUGGCCCAAGGCAGACUGGGAUUAGGAGCAGGGAAAACUGACCACCAGAGCUGGUGCACAGCAGGGCCAAGAGAGAGAAGGGAGAUGGUACAGAGAGAAACGAGAAGGAAAGAGGAGGAAGUUAGAAGGGCCCAGGCACAAACAAGAAAAUGUGGGGGAUGCAAGAAGAGGAGAACUGUGGCCUGUGCGGUAAAAGAGGAUCAUUGA